CUUUAAUCUCUUAACCGUCUCAAAGACUCCAGUCUCUGCUCUUACGCAGUCUUUUUUAUAUAAUUUAAAAAUUAGAAAAAAAAAAUUCGCUUUCAGUGAUUGAUUUAGAAACCCUAGCUUUGGCCUGAAUUUUUUUCCUCCAUUGCUCAUUCUAAAACCCUAGCCCUACAUUCUCAUUCUAAUCAUAUCAUAUGAGGUAAGGCCCGAAAUAUCUUCUUUUUUUUUCCUCAAUAAAUUAUCGUUUUGUAAGCUCUAAUUGAAUCUAAUAAAAUUCAUUAUUAAGUUAUUACUCAGAUUCAAAGGAAGAGUUGGAUAUUUUCAUUCAUAAUCCUUGAUCAACGUUGAGAUUUUAUUUAGGGUUUAUAGGGUUUAAAAACAGUAAUGGAUGAUCUCGAAAAGGCAAUACUUAUAAGUUUUGAUGAAUCUGGAGCAGUUGAUUCUGCUCUUAAAGCACAAGCUGUUGCUUAUUGCCAACAAUUUAAAGAAACUCCAUCAAUUUGUAGUAUAUGUAUUGAGCGUUUGUGUUUUUCUAAAUUGGUUCAAGUUCAGUUCUGGUGUUUACAAUGCUUACACGAGGUCCUUCGGGUCCGGUAUUCGUCAAUGGGUCCAGAGGAGAAAUCCUUUAUUCGAAAAUCUGUUUUUUCGCUGGGUUGUUAUGAGAGUAUUGAUGAUAAGAACUUGGUUAGGGUUUUGGAUGGUCCGGCUUUUAUUAAAAAUAAGCUUGCUCAGGUUAUGGUUACUUUAAUUUAUUUCGAGUAUCCCAUGAUAUGGCCCUCGGUGUUUGUUGAUUUUUUGUCGAAUCUUAGUAAAGGUGUUGUGGUUAUUGAUAUGUUUUGUCGAGUUCUUAAUGCCUUGGAUGAUGAAGUAAUUAGCAUGGACUAUCCAAGAAGCCAAGAGGAGGUAGCUGUCUCGGGGCGAAUUAAGGACGCAAUGAGGCAGCAGUGUAUUUCUCAGGUUGUUAGGGCUUGGUAUGACAUCCUGUUGAUGUACAGGAAUUCUGAUCCGGAUUUGUGUUGUAGUGUUUUAGAUUCUAUGAGGAGGUAUGUUUCGUGGAUCGACAUAGGUUUGAUAGCAAAUGAUACGUUUGUUGGGUUGUUAUUCGAGUUGACAUUGGCGAGUGGUUUUCGUGAUCAACUCAGAGGUGCAGCUGCUGGUUGCAUCCAUGCCGUUGCUGCUAAGCGUAUGGAUCCGAAAGCAAAACUCACUCUUUUGCAGAGCCUUCAGAUAAGAAGGGUUUUCAGUUUGGUAGCUGAGGAUAAUGACUCCGAGUUGGUAUCAAGUGUUGCUUCUUUGCUUACUGGAUAUUCAACUGAGGUUUUGGAGUGUUUGAAGCGUUUGAACUCUGAGAAUGGGAAAGCUGUCUCGACUGAACUAUUGAAUGAGGUUUUGCCCUCUGUUUUCUAUGUAAUGCAAAAUUGUGAAAUUGAUGAAACCUUCAGUAUUGUGCAGUUCCUCUCUGGGUAUGUUGGCACAUUGAAGAGUCUGGUUCCAUUGACUGAGACACAGUCACAUCAUGUAGGUCAGAUACUGGAAGUGAUCCGUUCUCAGAUCCGAUUUGAUCCUGCUUAUCGUAAUAACCUCGAUGUGUUGGACAAAAUUGGGAGGGAAGAGGAAGAUCGGAUGGCUGAGUUUAGGAAAGAUUUGUUUGUUCUACUUCGCAGUGUGGGUCGUGUAGCACCUGAUGCAACUCAGAUUUUCAUCAGGAACUCCUUAGCUAGUGCUGUUGCAUCUAAUGGGGAUGUGGAUGUUGAGGAGAUAGAAGCUGCACUCUCUCUUCUAUAUGCCUUUGGGGAAUCACUUACUGAUGAAACCAUGAAAACAGGAAAUGGUCUCUUGGGAGAACUAAUACCAAUGCUUUUGUCGACAAAGUUUCCUUGCCACAACAACAGGCUUGUUGCACUUAUCUACUUGGAAACUGUAACGAGGUAUAUGAAAUUUUUCCAGGAGAAUACACAAUACAUUCCCUUGGUUUUGAGCGCCUUUCUUGAUGAAAGAGGCAUACAUCACCCGAAUAGCAAUGUGAGUCGAAGAGCAAGUUAUCUUUUCAUGAGGGUUGUGAAACUGCUCAAAGCAAAACUUGUACCCUACUUAGAGACUAUUCUACAGAGUCUGCAAGAUACAGUUGCUCAAUUCACAACAAUAUAUGCUUCCUCCAAGGAGCUUUCUGGUUGUGAAGAUGGUAGUCACAUUUUUGAGGCGAUUGGCUUAUUAAUUGGAAUGGAAGAUGUACCACUUGAAAAACAAUCCGAGUUCCUCUCUGCCUUGCUUACUCCUCUUUGUCAACAGGUUGAGGCGUUGCUCUUAAAUGCCAAAGCUCAGAAUCCUGAAGAGUCUCCGGCAAAGAUCGCAAAUAUCCAGCAGAUAAUUAUGGCCAUUAAUGCUCUGAGCAAGGGGUUUAGCGAGCGUCUUGUAACUGCCAGUCGCCCUGCAAUCGGUCUCAUGUUCAAACAGACAUUGGAUGUCCUCCUACGUAUUCUUAUCAUAUUUCCAAAGAUAGAACCUCUGCGGUGCAAGGUCACAUCAUUCAUUCACCGUAUGGUGGACAUACUAGGAUCAUCUGUAUUUCCAUAUCUACCAAAGGCACUGGAGCAAUUGUUAGCCGAAAGUGAGCCGAAAGAACUGGCAGGCCUUUUGGUGUUGCUUAAUCAGCUUAUCUGCAAAUUCAACACUGGAGUUCGAGACAUUUUGGAGGAAGUUUACCCUGCUAUUGCUAGUAGAGUAUUUAAUGUCCUUCCAAGAGAUGCUUUCCCUACAGGUCCUGGUAGCAAUACAGAAGAAAUCCGAGAGCUACAGGAGCUCCAGAGGACGUUUUACACUUUUCUUCACGUGAUUGCUACACAUGAUCUGUCAUCAGCUUUUCUUUCCUCCAAAAGUAGGGUCUACUUGGAUCCGAUGAUGCAGUUGGUAUUACAUGCAUCCUGUAAUCACAAGGAUAUCGUUGUUCGUAAGGCAUGUGUACAGAUAUUUAUAAAACUAAUCAAAGACUGGUGCGCGAGACCUUAUGGCGAAGAAAAGGUGCCUGGUUUCCGAAGUUUUGUGAUUGAAGCCUUUGCAACAAACUGUUGUCUGUACAGCGUCCUCGACAAAUCCUUUGAAUUCCGUGAUGCAAAUACGCUUGUUCUUUUUGGCGAGAUUGUAAUGGCUCAGAAGGUCAUGUAUGAGAAAUUUGGCAAUGAUUUUCUUGUUCAUUUUGUAUCAAAAGGCUUCCCAAGUGCUCAUUGCCCCCAAGAUUUGGCUGAGCAGUAUUGUCUGAAAUUGCAGGGUAACGAUAUCAAAGCGCUGAAAUCAUUUUACCAGUCGCUUAUUGAAAAUUUGAGACAUCAACAAAAUGGAAGCUUGGUAUUUAGAUAGCAUUUCAGUAAACGAUGAGAUCAAUCACUUUAUUGUUGCCUAUAUGUUUCUUGUUAUAACCAGUUGUCCUGGUUAAAUAAUUUUGUCAACAGGGUUCUUUUCUGUAAAUAUUAUUCGUUUAAGUCUUCAUAGACAGCGAGGUGUAAAUUUGCGGAAGCAGUUUCUUGAUAUGAAAAUGUUAAUUUAUCACAAUUUUGCUGCUCACGAUGGUGAAGGCUGCCAAAGGCACUUUUGUGUAGAUGUAUUUAUUUUUACAGCGCCUUGAGGGAUUUUUUUGCAGUGCCUUUGAGUUGCUUUCUUUUCCUGCCUCUUCUAACAUUUGAGGGGUUAUCAGAACGCUCUGUGUAUGCCAUUAAAGCUGCAGGUUUUGGGGCUUUUAGGGGGCGGGCAGGGUGGUUAAGAAUGCUGUCAUAUGAGUAUCUUCGGUUUAGCUUAACCAAGCUGUAGAUUCAAUCGAUGGCAGUAAGUUUCUACUUGGGUGCUGCCAGCAUUUGCGUGAAGUAGUGCAUUUUAAUUGUGUUUUGGCUGCUCGAAUAGAUCAUUUCUUUCUUCCCUUUUUUUUGGUUCAAAAGUAGGAAAAUAUAGGGCCUUAGAGUUGAGAUUGUUUGAAAAGCUAGUCGGAGCCUUUUGUUCGUCCGCUUGCUUUCGAUGUACAUCCUGUGCAAUUCUUGAUUAAAGAUCAUUUUUUGCUCAAAUUCCUGCAUGUUUAACGACCUUGGCGUUUUAAUUUCUUCUGUGGGGACUUCAAAUAGCAGCUUAUUGUGGUCAAAAUAAUUGUGUAAUCUUCAGGGGUCAAAAUAAUUCAGGUGUUUGUGUAAUCGACAGGUGACUUCAUACA